ACCCAUUCUCUCUCUCUCUCUUUCUCGUUGGUGGUGGGCGCACGUGGAGUAGAAAUUGUAAACAUAAAACUGUAAACAUAAAAAUGUCUCAGGGGCUUGAUGGUGUGAUUUAUGAAGGUUUUGAAGAUGGAAGUGAAGCAUUUCGUUCUUUCGUAGAAUGUCACUAUGCUCAAUUAAUGUCAAAUGAAAUAUCUUCCUAUUUAUGGCGAAAACUACACCAUAAGCUUGAAAAUGAGGUUUAUGAUGCUGGAGAUGUAUUCAUGUUAACACAUGUAAAUGAUGAUGAUACAGAAAAUGGUGAAGGAGAUGAUGAUUGUACUGAUCUAAAACUGUGUGGUGGUAGCGGUGGGCUACGUGUGGUGGUUAGCAAGGAAGAAGGCCUUGAAGAACUUGACCACAAUGGUGUGUACCUUGUGGAUCAUGCUUGGACCUAUCGGAAAAAAACUGCGAGAAAGAACUUGGAGCAAAUACCAGGAUUGUUGGAUCGUAUGAUCAGUUUAAUGGAUAUUGUUCCAACUGAAAAUAAAGACAGCAACAUUGAGAUGGUUCUGGAAGAGAUGUGGAAGUUUAACCUCACAUAUUGCUUGGCUAACAAGGAAGCAUCUGGAGAAGAACGGGAACCAAUUUGGUACAUAAUGGAUGAAUUUGGUACCAGGAUACGUCACUCAGAAGAACCUACUUGCAGGAUUGUACCAUUCCAUUAUGCUCCUACAGGAAUGAUGUUCACUUUGUUGAUUCUUACUAAAAGUCUUGACUAUGGAGAUGAAGUAACAAGAGAUUACAUUCCACAUCAAAAAAACAAAAUGCUUCGUCCGUUUAGUUUAUUGCCAUGGAAACAUCAAGAUUUUACAUCUAUUGAUCCUACUACAAGGGUGGUACUAAGUAAAGAAUUACUGAAAGCAGUUUGCAAUGAGAAACAACCAAGAGUAUUUGCACAGGAGGAAACUGCAUCAGUUAAACUACCCCCAAAGAAUGUGUACAAAGUUUAUACAGACUCUGAACAUAUAUUCCUGUACUUGAAGGAUCCAAAAUUUGAAAUAGUUGAAGAUCGCAAUGAAGCUGAUAUUCUUUGGCUUGAUAGUACAAUUAAAGAUUUUAAUGAUCCUGUUGAGAAAGGCCAGUUUGUUAACCAGUUUCCUUGUGAAUCGCUGAUAACUAACAAAGAUAUGCUGACAUAUGUGGCUGUGCGUUCAACUCAGCAACCAUACGGACCUGACUGGAUUCCUGUUACAUUUGAUUCCAACCUCACAUUACCACAAUUUGUCUCAUAUUUUCAAACCAAGGAGAAAGAAGGAAAACCAAAUUACUAUAUCUGCAAGGCAUAUAACUUUGCUAGAGGUCUUGACAGCCACAUCACUGCAAUUAUAAACUGUAUCAUCCGUCAGACUGAGCUACUGCCAAAGGUUAUAUGCGAAUACAUUCAUGAUCCUGUUUUAUUCUAUCGGUCGGACGUUGGCCAUGUUAAGUUUGAUUUUCGCUACAUGCCUCUGUUCAUAUCGGCAAAGCCCUUAAGUUUGUUUGUGCACGAGGACUUCUAUGUUCGCUUCUCCAACAGGCCUUACUCAUUGGAUCACUUUGAUGUUUAUGAAAAGCAUUUUACAACAAUGAAUUAUGAUGAUGAGGUUAAACUGCAUCAUCUUCCAUGGCAGAACUUUAUCAAGGAAUGGGAUGAGCAAUACCCAAAAUUUCCCUGGGCAGACAUUCAAAAGGAAGUUCUGCAGUUGAUCAAAGAAUUCUUCCAGUCAGCUGUAACUGGAGAAGAAUAUGAUGCUAUUGGUCACUGUCCAUAUUCCCGCUCAAUGUAUGCACUGGACCUGAUGCUAAGCUGGCAAACAAAUGAUAAAGGAGAACGUUAUAUGCAGCCGCAGUUACUGGAGUGCAACUUCUGUCCAGACUGCCAUCGUGCCUGUCAGUACCGACCAAGUUACUUUGACUCUGUUUUCCGUGCACUUUUCCUCAAUGAGACGGAAAAUCAACCCGUAAUCAAGAUUGCAUAACAUCGCAUCACUCAUCUUUCCCACAAUGUACUCUGAACAACCUCGGCAAAAAUAAUAUAACAGAAUUACUAUUUUCUGUUUAAUUUUUUUUAUUUCAUAUUCUCAUUUAUACAAUAUUUAACAAUGUUAAAAAAAAACAUGACUUUAAUCAUAUAUAUUGAAAAUAUUUUUAAGAUUUAUACUAUUAAAAAAAAGCAAAGUAUGAUUAUCAGUGAUUCCAGUUUGUCAAUUAUUAUUAGCACCAAAAUUAUUUUUUUAGGAAAAAACAUUAAUGAAUAUUUUCAGCCAGUAUGGUUGAUGGCCAUGGAGAUAUUUAUAAAUAUUAAAUCUAACAUAAUGUAUUGACAUUGCUCACAUCAUCACUAAAGCUAUGUUUACAUUGGAUUAAUUUUGACCAAGUAAAAUAAUACCACUGCUUGAACUUGGAUUUUUAUGCAAGGCUUAAACUUGCGAAGAGUUUUUUCUGGGUUAAAGUGACUUCCGUUGUUUAUGGUUAUUUUGAAAAAAAUUAAUCAAAUGCCAAACAUGGCUGUAAUGAUUAACACAGUUCACUACAAGAUUUACAUGCAUUUAACAAAAUAAUUCAGAAGUAUUUUGAAUUAAACAGCAUGAUAUGCAUAUUGUCCGUUUUUAUUUAAAAA